AUUUUGCUUUCGAAUUAUAAAUUGUAAAUUCAAAAUUUUUCCAUUUCUCAGACAGUCGAAGCGAGAAGCUGAAACCGAAGCUUGCAGCUACAUUUUGUAUCAAAUUACAGAUUUUUUAUUAAAGAAAUAAUCGUAGACGGCAAACCAACCAAUCUUGUAUUGUGUUUUUAAUCGAAAAAUGUGUAAUUUGGAUAAAGUGAAGGGCGUGCGUGGAUAUCAGUACUCGUGCUGUCGUCAGAAAUUCCACCAGGUUCUAGCAGCUCCCUGUGUUUGUGUAAAGGAUGGCAAGGGGAAGCCCAAGAAGAUGCUACUCUGCGUGGACAAGUCUGUACAAAUUCUGCGAUCUAAGAAUGCUGGGUGUCCGCACAUGAUGAAGUGUUCUCCCGGUUCGGGUGGAACCAAUAUGAAUGAUAAUAAAAUCCCGCUAGCCCCAAACCUUAUUCCUGGAUUGGAUUUCCCGGUCUUUCCGGAUGUCCUAGAACCAGCGGAAAAUGAUCCGAAACUCGUACCCUCCACCAACCCACCCAUAUCUUGGGAUACAAUGGAUGGAAACAGUGGAAAAUCACCCGAUAUUAUGGAAAUAUGUGGCUUGUGCUCCAGGAAACUCCAAGACUGUCCGGAAGAUGGUCACCCGAUUGGAUCAGAGAAUAUAGGUCCUACCACAAGCUGCAAAGCUAAUGAGUCCAGAUGUAGUCAGUCCUCAAAGGCGUCUAAAACUAAAGAGGCAAUAGAAACUCAAAAAGGCGAUCAAAGGACCUCAAACACCGAAAUGAAUCCAGAUGAGUCCAAAUGUAAAGAGUCCUUAAAGGCGUCUGGUCAAAAAUGCCCAAUGGCACCAAGAACUAAAAAGGCAAAAAGCAUUGAGCCAGAUAAGAGUCCUUCAGCUUCCAGAAGAAAUUCACCGACAAAAAUUAGCAUUGCCAAAAAGAAUCCUUCAGCUUCAAGAAGAAAUUCAAAAUCAAAUAGCGGUCAGCCCAGCAAGAGUCCUGCAGUCUCAAGAAGAAAUUCUCAGACAAAUAUCAGCAAGCCUAGUAAGAGUCCUUCAGUCUCGAGAAGAAAUUCACAGACAAAUAUCAGCAAGCCCAGCAAAAGUCCUUCAGCCUCGAGAAGAAAUUCGCAAACAAAUCUCAGUGUUUCAGCUUCAAGAAGAAAUUCACAGACAAAUAUCAGCAAGCCCAGUAAGAGUCCUGGAGCUUCGAGGAGAAAUUCGCAGACAAAUCUCAGUGUUUCAGCUUCAAGAAGAAAUUCACAAACGAUUAUUUGCAAGGGUUGUAAGAGUCCUUCAGUUUCGAGAAGAACUUCAAAGACAAACAUUGGCAAGCUCGGUAAGAGUCCUUCAGUUUCGAGAAGAACUUCAAAGACAAACAUUAGCAAGCUCGGUAAAAGUCCUUCAGUUUCAAGAAGAAAUUCACAGACACAUAUCAGAAAGGCUAAUAAGAGUCCUGCUGUUUCCAAAACGCCUUCACUCAUAAAGCUCAGCAAAGCCACUAAGAGUCCUGUAGUUUCGGCAACGCCUUCACUGACCAAACUCGGUAAAGCUUCGAAAACUAGUAAUUUAAAGGAAAAAAAUCUGAAAAAGGGAGUGAGUCCCAAAGCUAAAUCUAUAGGAGCAGAACCGACACAAACCAGUUUGGUCAAAAACCAGUCGAUAUCCGCCCAAGAAAGUCUGCUUGAAGGAAUGAGCAGUCCAAAGAAGCCAAAUGGUUCCAACGGAAAGGAGAAUGACAAACCUAAGGAGCCCUUCAGGAGCUGCAAUUGUAAGGUGGUGCCGGAAAAAAGUCUUGUUUCCGAGACCAACUUGUGCUGCAAAUGCUGUGAGGUUCUUUAUUCAAAAAAUGGGAAACCAAACAAUGCACAACUGGGAAAGGAAAAGGAAUCGCCAAAACAAAUGCCAAAACAAAUGCCUAAACAACUGCCGAAACAAUCGUCUAAACAAAUGGUGAGGUCGAACAAAGGUAAAAAAUCACCGAGGGAUUCUGGGGACGAAAAGGCUCUUGUCAAGGCUAGCCCGAAACGCAAGAAAAUCCCCAUAGCCAAGCCAGUUAGUAAGACGAAAGAACUUUCACCAGGAGUUAAUGGUUCGCCUAAGGUAUCCACCGACGAUGAUGGUAUUUGGUUCGAGUGCAAUUUGCCCUUUCGUGUGAACGUUCCAUUUCCCUUAUGCAUGCAGAACUUCUUUGGGAUCCCGGGAAUCAGCCUUAAUAAGCCCGACCCUAAGAAUAGCAACCAAAAGGCCAUAAUGCCGGCCACAAAUGGUAAGGGAAGUGGUUACAACACCCCAACCGGAGGACUCUCGAAUAUGCAACCUGCUCUUCUGGCAUCAGGAUUUCAAUCAGAAGCACCAUCUAGCUGCAACAACUACACCUGCCCGAAAAGGAAACUGGGUAGACGCGUCAAUAAAACUUGUCCCUGCGAAACAGCCACCCAAACCGGUCAAGAGGAAAGUGAUCCCCUGCUAUCCUGUCUGGAACAAAUUAAAGAUAAACUGGAAAAUUUAUCGCCACAAGCCCAAGGACAGACUAAAUCAUGUGGUUGCUGCAUGGCUGAGAAGGGCACUAAUGUGCGGGAGAGAUCAGAGAAAUGUUGUAACGCGGCGUUUGAUAGUCCAGAAAGGAGUGAAAGUUCGCAUGGGAAAAAUAAAAAAUCAAAGGAUGCAAUACCGGAAGAUCCUGCCGUGCCAUUUGUACUAACUGCAUCCGAGUCGGCGCCUGCUAAAGUUCCACAGACAGAAAAUUCAAUGCGUGCCUCGAAUGGGGGAUACUAUAAUUCUUCGCAAGCGGCUCCCAAUUACAUGAGUCAGCCACAGGUAUUCCCCACCCAAAUGCAUUACCAUCCAUUUCCCAUGUGGAACUACCCCAUGUACACCCCACGAUAUCCAAGAGCAGGCCAGCCUCCACCAAACUGGCAGGCCCAUCCUCUUGGAACUUGCGUCUCCUACAGAUCCUUGAUUAAAGGCGAGGAAGAGAAAGUAAACUGCAUAAAUCAUAUGGCAUACCCCAAACAACCUCUAGGGAACCCCUAUUUGGAAUCCCCUGAGAGCUUCUUACCAUUUCCACAAGAUCAAGGUCCGGAAAGUCCGAAUCGAUCAUUGAGUGGCCAUUCGGUGGAUUAUUGGCAAGCACACAGAGGUCAGAUGGAGUCUGAUUUCGUAAAAAAUAGAGAAGCAUCCGAGGAAUCCAUUUAUUCAAGUUCUAAAGGCCAACAUUAUAAAUGUCAUACAUGCCCCGGCAAUAAUCUUUCAAAUGCAAAAAUAUCCCAAAGAUCUAUUAUGAAAAGACCAUCGUAUCUGGGUGCAAAACUUUCAUCAACACAUAAGAAAUCUUCAAGCAAAUUUAUUAGCUUUAAGGACAAUGAACCGCAAAAAGAAGCUUCAGGAUCAUAUAGACAUAAAAGUUCCCGAAGAAACAGAAACUACCGUGAGUUAAAUAAUAAAUACUCAAAAUCUGCAGUACCUAGAAGAGAUAAAAGUAGCACAGAUCGUUCAGAUUUGUCAGAGUCGAACACAACGAAGAUAUACCUUCGAACAUCUUAUUCAUCAGACUCCUCAAAUGGAUCAAGAAAAAAGAAACGCUAUCAGUCAGAUAAAAGGGAAGCUAAGCAUUCUGACCGCAUGAGUUCUGGGGCAGAAUCUAGUGCGGCUGAAGUAGAUGAAGAUAUGAAGGAGUCCCCCAUUGAUGAAAGACAAUCAUUUGAUAAGAAUGAUAUGCCAGGUACAAGUAAUAAUAUUGAUUCCAACAUCAAUGAUUCAGAAAAUGUGCAUCAAAGAGCAGCGAGCGGAAUGGAUAAGCUUGAAAGGACUGUUAGACAAUAUUCAAAAUUUAGCGAGGCCAUCAGUAAACUUUAUAUUCCACACAGACGAUCACUAUCGGCUCCAGCAACCGGAAGACAUAAUUCCCAGGCUCAGUUUCUAAGGCAGCAAUAUUUUCGGGAAAAGUCGCCCAAGUAUUUUAAGGAACAUCGAAGAGGACGUAAAAGUCCAGGACGGGGAGCAAAGAUUUAUCUUCUUCAGAAUCCAUUAACCACUACUAAAAUUACAAAAUAUGAAAUGGAUCAAUCUGAACUCAGUGUGUUUGGAGCUCUUGAUCUUAAAACAAAGAAAAAGUCUUCUUUCAUUCCAAGGCACCCUAGUAAUCUUGCUUCAUGCCAUAAAAAAUCAGAUCCCCCUAUGGUGUUGGUGCCCUUCCGUGUGGAAAGAAGUGAAUUGUUAAAUGGGAAACCUGAUCACUGGAACAAUAUUCAACUACAAUUAGCUGUAGUUAAGCCCCCGAAAAAUCCUAGGAUUUGCCACCGCAGACUAAUCCAGAGAAACCCUGUACGAUAUAUUCCUCAUCGAUCUGCCUCUGGGGAAGAAUUUAAACAAGAAGAUAAUACUAAUUUAAAUAGAAAUGUCACAAAUCCGGAUUUCCGGCAGUGUGAAAUCAUCACUUGUGAUACUUGCACUAAGAGGCAAUCUUGUCAACGAGGUUGUAAUGAUCCAACCCGGAACCCUUCGUAUGGAAAUACUUUUCAGGGCGAACCUUCCGGUUCAAGAAACAACAAAAGGCCAACACCGAAAUCAUCGUAUAAUAGUUCACCUGAAUUGAAACCCAUCAAAUCUUUGAACAAAUCAAAGAAAUCCUCCCAACAACAGGAUUGCAAAAAUAGUUAUUCCUCUUUAAAAAGCAAAUCAAGGUCUUCGGUUAGUCAAAAGAGUAGUAGAGUUCUUCCAGCAUCAUCGAAAUCUGGAGUGCCUCGUUCUGGACCUUCGACUCCUCCUGAAAAAAAAAUGAAAAAGCAAAGUAAACGAUCAAGUGUGUCUUCGAUUGGCCAGUCCAAAGUCAAUAAUUCUGUUGGGAAAAAGAAGAAGCCCCAAGUUAAAAAACCACCUUACUAUCUGGUGAAAGCUUUAAGCAGGGAAGCCGUGGAGAAGUCCUCUCCGAUGGUCUGUAAUUGCAAAUCACUAAGCCAUGAAGCCCUGGAGAAGUCCUCUCCGAUGGUCUGUAAUUGCACUCCACAUGAUCAGAGGUCAAUUGCUUCCAUCAAAAGUGGGGUUAGACCAACUAAAACUGAUAGUGCCACACAGAAAGAUCGUUUUCCCAAUGGAAAACGAUCCAGUGACGAUAAUAUCUCCUUAACCAGUGGUUGUUCUUCGAGGUCCCAGUAUUCAACUGCAUCUGCUCAAAGUACAAAACGCGAAACCAAUCGGGAAAAAUAUUCAGCAAAGGCUCAGAGUUCGAAUUCAUCUGUCGGAUAUGGCAAGGCAUAUUCAAAUGCAUCCCUCAAAAGUAAAAAAAGCGAAUACUACUGCCCACCAAAGAACCUGAGCUCCAAAACUUCCACUUCUGUUGAAAGUAAAGUUAGUGCCCGGUAUCGAAAAUAUAGAGAUCCGGAUAGCGAAGAAGAAGUUGUGGCCGAGGCAUAUCCCUCCUAUACAAGAAUCGAGGAACCCAAGAAAGAAUCGGAUGAAUUUGUUACGAAACAAAGAAGUCUCUCAUACACCCUCAGAGUUGAAGAGUAUAGGCGAGGAGAUGCUCCUGGAAGCGAAGCAUCAGUUGCCAAGAAGCCAUCUCGGCUAACUAAAAAGCCAUCUAAAAUACCAAAGGUGCCGUCUUGUGCAUCGCACCGGAGCGAACCGGAUUGCUUAUGUGAUCCCAACUAUCAGUCUCCCGAUGAAGAUGAAAAAAAAACCAACGAAAGGACGCAGCGCAGAAGAGCUGAUGAGGACUACUACAAGUCAGGAUGCCAUGACACUUAUACGUGUAAUCGAAAGGCACAGGAACGACAGCCGACAAGAGAAUAUCAUUCCAGUUCAGAAUAUAGACAGCUUGGAAAUUCAUCCCAAGCCGAAACCAGUCACCACUCUCGAGUUAUAGCUCCCUGUUUACCCAAUUGUACGGGUUCCAAAGACGGCUUCAAAAGAAGGCCGCACCAAGCGAAGGCUAAUACUCGAUCGGACGAUGAUGAAGCUCUGGAAACGGUUACCUUAAUGCAACCACGUCGUUUUCGUAGCACAGACAGCACCAGAAGGGAUAGAGAUGCGGUUGGAAGCCAGGAGAACUUGGACACUACGAAUACAGUACUGAUGGAGACUAGGAUUCCUUGUGACCGGGAAAACCUAAUGCAGACAUGUGGACGACCACCCUGCAACUUCCACCGUCUGCAAUACUCCGGGGUUCCACCGGCAGUGGAGCAAAGGAAUAUGUACAUGAGACCACCGAUUCCCCAAUUUGAUCCUCGAAGAAGACCACCUAAUGAUGGAAAUUAUCUGAUUGAUCCUCGAGAUCAUUUGCCGGCUCCAGCUUCGGCGCCAAUUAUGGGCAAUUCGUAUCCAAUGCCCAUGAUGAACACCAUCCACCAUGCAGGUGGUCCAUAUCCUUCGGCAAAUCUUCACGGAGCUCCGUGCAGAGAACUUUACUCCUGUCCUGAAAUUUUAAAAAACAAUAUAAGAUUAAUGCCCAAAGGGUUUUACGAGCAUACCUUGCAGAAAUACAAUAUAACCAAGAUGGAUUCGGACUUUCAGCCGCCGUCUUUGCGGUCGGAUAUUCAUCCACCCUUACAGGUAAACCCACAGGUAAUGUUACAGCCAACUGGAUCACCAGAUCGCCAGUUUUCGAAUCACUCAAAUCGGCCAAUGAUGGUGAAUUCCCGGAUCCCGCCCUCGAGGUACAAUCAACCACCUCUAAACCCAUUUCAGGCUCAAACUUCGCACUCAACGUUUGGCUCACAGAAAAAUAUGAAAUUGGAUGGCUUCGACUUUUGCGAAUAUCAAAUUUAAUGAACUUAAAAAUUAAUUCAA